AUGCGGAGGGCCGGAGGCAUGGAGGACUACUCCGGGGAGGACGAGGAGUCCUGGUAUGACCAGCAGGACCUGGAGCACGAUCUACACUUGGCAGCAGAACUGGGGAAAACACUGUUGGAGCGGAACAAAGAGCUUGAGGAGUCCUUGCAGCAGAUGUAUUCUACCAAUGAGGAACAGGUGCAGGAGAUUGAGUAUCUGACAAAACAGCUUGACACACUUCGGCAGGUGAAUGAGCAGCAUGCCAAGGUGUAUGAGCAACUUGAUGUGACUGCUCAAGACUUGGAGCUGUCCAAUCAGAAGCUGGUGCUGGAGAGUAAGGCUGCACAGCAGAAGAUCCACAGCCUAACAGAGACCAUAGAAAGUCUUCAAACCCAAGUAGAAGAGCUUCAGGGACAGGUGGAGGAGCUGAGGAGCUUGGAGCAGUUGCGGGUCCGAAGAGAGAAGCGGGAGAGACGGAGAACCAUCCACACCUUCCCUUGCCUUAAGGAAUUAUGCUCCAGCCCCUGGUAUGAGGAUGGCUUCCGCUUGCAUAGUUCCUCCACGGAUCUGAGCCCAAAGCCCUUGGAACGGGAGAACGAGCAGCUGCAGGCCAUUGUGAGCUCCCUGCGUUCCCAGGUGAGCCAGGAGAAGCAGCGGAAGGAGCGGGCUGAGCGGGAGUACACCUCGGUCAUCCAGGAAUACUCGGAGCUCGAGCGGCGCGUGUGUGAGAUGGAAGGCUGCAAGCUUCGGGUGCAGGAGCUGGAGGCCGAGGUGCUGGAACUGCAGCAGAUGAAGCAGGUGAAGACGUACCUCCUGAGCCGGGAGGACAACCUGUCCGAGGCCUUGCUGGAACCCCUCAACAAUGCCCCGGAGGCAGACGAUCCCGAGCUCGGUGGGGAUGGGACUGCGGGGAAAGACGGUGUUCCGUCGCUGGCGGCUUCCCCCGGCCACUCGGUGCGCAAGAGCUGCAGCGACACGGCCCUCAACGCCAUCAUGGCCAAGGACCUGGCCAAUCGCCAUUUGGGCAACUAUAUUCUGCACGCCAACAGCGUGCGCAAGCGGGGCAUGUCCAUCCUGCGCGAGGUGGACGAGCAGUACCAUGCUCUGCUGGAGAAAUACGAGGAGCUGCUGAGCAAGUGUAGGCAGCACAAAGAUGGCGUGCGGCACGCUGGGGUGCAGACCUCGCGCCCCAUCUCCAGAGAUAGCUCCUGCCGCGACUUCCGGGCCGGGGAGGAGGGCCUCGGGGAAGAAUGGGGAGGGGGCAAGCAGGGCGAGAAGAGCCUCAUUCAGCACGUGGAGGCGGUGGACAAGAGGCUGGAGCAGAGCCAGCCCGAAUACAAGGCCCUCUUCAAGGAGAUUUUCUCCCGGAUCCAGAAGACCAAGGCAGACAUUAAUGCCACCAAGGUCAAGACCCAUAGUAGCAAGUGAGCCCUGCCUGUGCCCCAA